AUGGGAUCUCAAGCCGGACAAAAACCACACGUCGUUUGCGUGCCUUACCCGGCGCAGGGACACAUCAACCCGAUGCUAAAGGUGGCUAAACUCCUCCACGCCAAAGGCUUCCACGUCACCUUCGUCAACACCGUUUACAACCACAACCGUCUACUCCGGUCGCGUGGGCCCAACGCACUCGACGGAUUUCCUUCCUUCCGGUUCGAGGCCAUCCCUGACGGUCUACCUGAGACCGAACUGGACGCCACACAGGACAUCCCUGCCCUUUGCGAGUCCACUAUGAAGAACUGUCUAGCUCCUUUCAAGGAGCUUCUCCAGCGAAUCAACACCGGAGAUGAUGUUCCUCCAGUGAGCUGUAUUUUAUCAGACGGUGUCAUGAGCUUUACACUUGACGCUGCAGAGGAACUUGGUGUCCCCGAGGUUCUUUUUUGGACUCCCAGUGGUUGUGGCUUCAUGGCUUAUCUACACUAUUAUGUCUUCGUCGAGAAGGGGUUAUCUCCACUAAAAGGCACGUGUUCUUACACCGAUUAA